UGUUUAAGGUAGCAGUUACGUUUAAUAAAUCCUACAAGUUAGGGAUGAUAUAUUCUCACGCUGAAUCGCGUAUAACUCAUUUAUCAGACUUUUAAAAACAUUCAUUCAGUUUAAUUUUAUUAUUUUACAAUCAGGCUAAAUGAAAGACAGCUUUACUCUAAGCCCCAUGAUUCACGUGGAGCUGCUCUACGAUACCGGGAAAUGUGCAGCUAGGUACUUGAGAAAUUAUCAAAUGAUUAAGAAGUUAAGCAGGCAUUUUGAAAACCAGAAGUAUUAUUGCAUGGGUUCACUGUUGUGAAGAAGGCGUAACAAUUACCCGACUUUGCACUGACGUGGAGAGGGGAAAAUGAAGAACAGAGCUAGUGGUGGCGGCUACGGGGUUGACAACCGACUCAAACAGCGAGUUGAACAGUACUUGAGCACACAAACAAGUCAGUAUGUCGACAUUGCAGCGAUGGCAGCAGAACUCCAGAGACUUUACAGAAUGGACUAUGGACGACGAAACAGAACAGCUUUUAGGAUACAGGUGGAAAAAGUUCACGGAGUGAUAUGCAGUGAUGCAGGAAUCACAGACCUGGAGAGCAAACAUUUAGCCAAAAAAGCCCGGCACAAUCAGGAGGGAGAUGGGGAUGACAUUAGCAUCACAGAUGAUGACUCCUCAGACAGUGAAGAGGACAUACCUGAACACCCGCCCACGAACCAUAUGAAUAACUCCCUGAUGUCCCUGUACCGAAAGGGGACCCCUGAAAGCGGCACCCCCGCAACCAGGGAGCAGCCGGGGGACGGUCCCGUCACACCCUCCACCCCUAGCACAGCCCCGCUGGGGACCAAGGUGUCCAAGGGAGGCUGGUUUAUCGACAGGGGCCGGGGGGUAGUGGAGGAGAACAUCCUAAUCGACUUGUGUGAGGAGGAUACCGCCAGCCCAGCGAAGCAAACAGACGUGUCCAUGCUGGAGCCGGAGAAGAAGGAGAAGAAGAACAAACUGAAAAAGGGGAAAAGGAGGAAAGAGGGCGAAUCCCAGGGAACUGAUGGGGAGAUCGAGUCCAGUAUAAUGAACAAGAAAGCGAGGACAAAAGCCCCAGAGCUCCAGUACUCUACGGUGAAGUUUGAGGAUGUCGGGGGCAAUGAGGAGACGUUGAAGGAGGUGUGCAAGCUGCUGAUACACAUGCGGCACCCGGAGGUGUACCAGCAGCUGGGCGUGGUGCCGCCGCGGGGGUUCCUCCUGCACGGGCCCCCGGGCUGUGGGAAGACCCUGCUGGCCCAGGCUGUGGCUGGGGAGAUGGAGCUGCCGCUGUUGAAGGUGUCCGCCCCAGAGCUGGUGUCGGGGGUGUCAGGGGAGUCGGAGCAGAAGCUGCGGGAGCUCUUUGAACAGGCCGUGACCAGCGCCCCCUGCAUCCUGUUCAUCGACGAAAUCGACGCCAUCACCCCAAAGAGGGAGGUGGCCUCCAAGGACAUGGAGAGGAGGAUAGUGGCCCAGCUACUCACUUGCAUGGACGAUCUGAACUCCAUGGCCGUCACAGCGCAGGUGCUGGUCAUCGGUGCCACCAACCGGCCGGACUCUCUGGACCCGGCACUCCGGAGGGCGGGCCGAUUCGACCGCGAGAUCUGUCUGGGCAUCCCCGACGAAGGAGCCCGGCUCAGGAUUCUGAGGACCCUGUGUCGAAAGCUGAAGCUCCCCGAGGACUUUGACUUCCAGCGGCUGGCCCGCCUCACCCCGGGGUACGUGGGCGCCGACCUCAUGGCGCUGUGUCGCGAGGCGGCCAUGAGCGCCGUCAACCGCGUGCUGCUGGAGCUGCAGGAGAGAGACGCCCGGGCGGGGGAGCGUGCGCCUGGCCCCGCAGGGCCUGAGAGCCACGCCCCCGGGCCUCAGGCAGACUCCCAGCAUCCCACAGGGGCACCGGGCCUCACAGCCAGCCCAGACGCCCAGGAGAUGACAGACGUCAGCCUGCCGGAUGGAGAGAGCGCCCAGCCCCCUGUCGUAACCGCGCCCGUAGAGGCGAGUGUUGCCGAGGGUGAGCUGUGUCGGCUGCUGGCCCUGCUGAAGAACGCCAGCGCCCUGACGGACGAGCAGCUGGCCGGCCUCUGCAUCCUCAUGUCGGACUUCCAGGCUGCCCUGUCCUGCGUGCAGCCCUCCGCCAAGAGGGAGGGCUUUGCCACCGUGCCCGACGUCACCUGGGAUGAUAUCGGAGCCCUGCGGGAUAUCCGCGAGGAGCUCACGAUGGCCAUCCUGGCCCCGGUGCGCAGUCCGGAGCAGUUCAGGGCCCUGGGGCUCAGCGCCCCCGCAGGGGUGCUGCUGGCGGGGCCUCCCGGCUGUGGAAAGACCCUGCUCGCGAAGGCUGUUGCUAAUGAGUCCGGUCUGAACUUCAUCUCCGUGAAGGGCCCAGAGCUGCUGAACAUGUACGUGGGCGAGAGCGAGAGGGCCGUCCGCCAGGUGUUUCAGAGAGGACGAAACUCCGCCCCCUGCGUCAUAUUUUUCGACGAGAUCGACGCCCUGUGCCCCCGUCGCUCGGGACACGAGUCGGGGGCCAGCGUGCGCGUCGUCAACCAGCUGCUGACGGAGAUGGAUGGCCUGGAGACGCGCCGGCAGGUCUUCAUUAUGGCUGCCACCAACAGACCAGACAUCAUUGACCCCGCUGUGCUGCGUCCGGGUCGUCUGGACAAGACCCUGUACGUGGGGCUGCCCCCUCCGGCGGACCGACAUGCCAUCCUCCUCACAAUCACGAAGGGAGGCACCAAGCCGCAGCUGGAGGCGGACGUCAGCCUGGAGGAGAUCGCCCACGACGAACGCUGCGACUGCUUCACGGGGGCAGAUUUGUCUGCGCUGGUGAGAGAGGCCUCCAUCAAUGCACUGAGAAGCCACCUCUGCUCUCAAACCCUCUCCACAGCAUGCCAUGCUGUAACAAGGUCGCCUUUACUGUACACAGAUCGCAACGUCCCGGCUGGCCCCGUGAUGGACCUGAGGGUGAGCAGGCAGAACUUUGAAGACGCCUUCAAGAAAGUGCGGCCGUCCGUGUCCAAGAAGGACCAGCACAUGUACGAGCUGCUGAAGGAGUCCCUGACCAGAUGAGGUGCAUGGAUGUGGGAAGGUUUUGACAGGGACGGUUCUCUCCAGUCCAGUAUGCAUGUAUGUAGGCAGUCAUGACCCCCCCCCAUUCUCAGUGAACUAGCCUGUGCCCCA